AUGAGGAGACCAACCCUUCAUGGUAACGAGUUUGUCUCAGCAGAGCGCAUACUACGAGAAGCUCUAGAAGAUGGACCCAUAGGGUUCAUGCUGUUGGAGGAGCCACCAUCAUCACUCCCAGCCUUUGGUUUUGUACCUACAGGCGCAGACAAAGGAGUCGAGAUGGAGGUGGAGGUAGACAAGGUGGUGACGGCUGCAGACAUACCAAAGCCAUACCAACACCUGCGAGAUGUGUUUGAUGAGGUGGAAGCAGACAAGCUGCCCCAUCAUACUGAGCAUGAUCUCCACCUCGAGUUGAUAGAAGGAGGUAAGCCACCUCAAGGGCCCCUAUACCUUAAGGGACCCAAGGAGAUGUCCGAGUUGAGGAGAUACUUGGAUGAGAACCUCGAGAAGGGGUUCAUAAGACCAUCGAAGAGCCCGGCACGAUCACCAGUGCUCUUCAUACCAAAGAAGGAUGGAGGUCUCAGACUCUGUGUGGACUACAGAGGUCUCAACGAGAUCACUGUCAAGAACAGGGCACCAUUGCCCCUCAUCGAGGAGCAGCUGUUCUUACUCAGGAAGGCAAGGAUCUAUACCAAGCUAGACCUUAGAGCAGCAUACAACCUCAUCCGGAUUGCUAAAGGAGAUGAAUGGAAGACAGCUUUUGGCACUCAGUUGGGACUCUAUGAGUACCUAGUGAUGCCCUUUGGCCUAGCCAAUGCUCCGGCUCACUUCCAGUCAUUCAUCAAUGACAUCUUCCGAGACAUCAUUGGGAUAUAUGUGGUAGUAUACCUAGAUGACUUCCUGAUCUUCAGUGACACUGAAGAAGCACAUGUGAAGCAUGUCACUGAGGUCCUCACUCGCUUAAGGAGCAACAGGCUCUUUGCUAAGCUGUCGAAGUGUGAGUUCCACACCAAGACAGUCGAGUUCCUGGGGUACAUCAUCAAGCUGACGGGCAUAGAGAUGGACCCAGAAAAGGUGCGCACUGUCAAGGAGUGGCCAAUGCCAGAGUCAAUCCAUGACAUCCAGAGGUUCCUGGGUUUUGCCAACUUCUAUCGAAGGUUCAUAGCCCACUUUGCUCGCAUAGCCAAGCCCUUGACAGCACUGGUAAAGCCUAUAGAACAGUUCAAGAAGUUCGAGCUACCAGAGGAGGCCCAACAGGCCUUCCACAAGCUCAUCCAGGCCUUCACAUCAGCAGGAGUGCUUCAGCACUUCGACUACCACCUUCCAACAAGGAAGAUGUCUUCUGCCGAGAAGAACUAUGAGAUCCAUGACAAGGAGCUCCUAGCUGUGGUCACCUGCCUCACUCAGUGGCAACACAUGCUAGCUGGACUACCGAGCCAACUGGUCAUCCUCACUGACCAUGAAGCCCUCAAGUACUUCAAGUCACAGAGACGCAUCACAGGUCGACAGGCUCGAUGGGCAAUACUACUAGCAGACUUCGACUUCAUAUUGCAGUAUCAACCAGGAGACAAAGGUGGUGAACCCAAUGCUCUCACCAGAAGGACAGACAUGCAACCAGCUGGUGAAGAGCAGGAUCACAAUGUGAGGCAACUACUGCCUCCUCGAGUGUUCAAGGAGACAGCAGACCAUGACUUGACCCUAGUGGCCCCUAUGCUCUCGAUGGAGUCCAUAGCAUCAAAAGGUCUCAGAGACCUGGUCAAGAUCUUCCAGCCCUUAGACCAAGAGCUACAGGAGAUACAUAGGAAGAAGCCCUUCGAACUCAAGGAUGACCUAUGGUACAGUGGAGGAAGGCCCUGGGGCUCCAUAUCCCUCGACUUCAUCGAAGGACUACCACCAUCGAAGAAGUAUGACUCCAAGACCUAUGACUCUAUCUUAGUCAUUGUCGACAGGUUGACCAAGUUUGCCAUACUAGCUCCAACCCAUAAGACAGUCAUGGCCAAACAGACUGCAGUGUUGCUAUAUGGACACAUGUUCAUAUCAGGAGCAUGGAAGGCAUUUGCAGAGCAAAUGGGUGUGAAGCACUCACUUAGCACAGCCUACCAUCCUCAAACUGAUGGUCAGACAGAGAGGGUCAAUCAGGUCAUUGAGCAGUACAUAAGGAUGUACUGCAACUAUGAGCAGGAUAAUUGGGCUGACCUGCUGGACACUGCAGCAUUUGUAUACAACAACAUGGUCCACAACAGCAUUGGUGUCUCACCAUUCUUUGCAUGCUAUGGAUGGAACCCCAAAGCUCAUCCUGACAUCCCUCAACAACUAGGAGUCAAUGAUCCAGGUCACUUCAAGUACCUCAUGGAUGGAAAGGAGCAUUGCAAGUACCUCCAGGAGCAGAUCAGAGAGGCACAAUGUAGAUCAGUAGACCAGUAUAACAGGAAGCACAAGGACAUUGAGUUUAAGGACCCUACCCAGUUCAGGAACAAGUAG